CUUGGAUAGCUGAGUCCAUCACGGAGCUGCUGGUCUCCUGAAUUCCAGGAAGUCAGAUAUUGAGGGGAGGAGGGAAUGUGCACGUUUAAGGGGUUGUCGAGUACUCAAUACAAGUAACACGACGUUUGGAGAGUGUGCACGCUCAAAGCACCACAGAUCCCUGGUGCACCCGGACGGGCGCACUGGGUCUCCUCUCUGGCACCCCAUCUUGUUGCUGCUGGUGUGUCAGUCUCCCAGCAGACAUCACAGGGAGUUUUAUGCCUCACACGGGUAGGCUGGCCACUGCCUGUCACGAGGCUCUGAGAAAAGAUCAUUUCUGCACUUGGGCUCCACUCAGGCACUUGCGUUGCCUGCCUUUGAUAGAACCACAAGAGAGAAACGUUUGCGAUGGAUUAUUUAGGGGGGUCCAUUCCCCUAACCUUCCUAUUUUUUUAAGCAACCUCUACACCCAACAUGGGGCUCAGACUCACGACCCUGAGAUUAAGAGUCACGUGCUCUGCGAACCGAGCCGGCCGGGCGCCCCAUGACCCGCAUGUUUCUAAUGAGAGCCUGCGAUAACACAGCUGCGUAUUUGUCUUUCGGUUGAGUUGCAAUGAACUGGCUCACGAAGGGGAGACACGACCUUGCGGGCCCACGCUGAGACAAGAAUGGCCCCACCUUCUGGGCACAGCCUCCUGCUGACCAGCGCCCUGGGCAUCCUUGUCCUGGGUUGCUUCACAGGAGGUCAGAGGAACAGCACUCUGAUCUUCACGAAGGAAAACACCAUUCGGAACUACACUUGCUCCGCGGACGUCCGGGACUGUGACUACGCUUUGGCCAACUUGAUGUGCAGCUGCCACACCGUCCUGCCUUCCGCGAUAGAGCAAACCAGCUACGACGACCGACUGACCGUCUGGUUCACAGAUGCAUCUGCACUGGGCCUUCUGCUGAACUUCACGUUGGUCCGGGACCUGAAGCUUUCUCCGUGCAGCCCCAACACUCUCCCCGCCGAAUACCUGGCUAUCUGCGGUCUGGAGAGGCUUCGGGUCAACACCGAGGCCAGGCGGCCGUUGCCAGAGCAGAGCUUACUCAUCCACGACGGCAGGGAAAGUGAACCCGGAGAGAAGCCCGCAUGGUUACCCGGAGGCCGGCAUACGUGUAUGUGUAUCUCAUUCUUAGAUGUGGCGCUUUUCAACGGGAAUUCAUCCUUAAAAGCAUACAGUAUAGAAAACGUUGCCAACACCACCAACCAUGUCCCCCACUUUUCUUACUUUGAAACCUUCCCAAUUUUGAGCAACCAAAGCUAUGUUGUCACGUUCAUUUACUAACGUCGUCAAAGCUUCCAACCGCCAGGAACUUUGGCAAACUGUGGAGAACUUGAAAAGGAAUCUGGGAACCGGGCCAUGGGUAUCCUUAUCUUCAACUUCACCUGUCUGCCCAGCCCCCAUUCACAUAUACACAGCCCGUAUGCACAGCCAGCCCUCUCUGCUCCGCUCCGAGCCCAACCAUGGGAGCUGUUCAGAAAAACAAAAUAAAUAGAAAGAAACAAACAAAAAACAAACCCCAAAACACAAAGCAAAAAAAAAAAAAAAACCUACUUCAGUCCAGAACAUCUUGUGAGCCAGCUAGAGGCCAGGCCCGGGCUCCCGGGGGUCUGGGCAGAAACAUCAGAUGGGGAAUGGAGAAAGCAGGCCACGUCAAGGACUGCUUAGCGGGACUCAGCACGGGGAUGACGCCCCAAGGAAGAUAUCUUCCUUCAAAACACCGCCUUAGUUUCUUUUCUCUUGCUUCGUUUUGUUACACUGGACUGGAAUUCCCCUAAGAAGAGAACGCUAGAUUUCAGAUGCUUCAGGACUAUGUGUUCCACAAAAUGAUUCGGUUCUCUUUAGACUGAUGUUUUCCAAAGACCUUGCUAGACACGUCUGCACUGAGAAAGGGGAGUUUUGAGAGUGGAACAGGCCUGAUUAGGGUGGGACCUUAGGACCAAAGGAGAGCACUGGGAUUUGAGGAGUGUGAUACAGAAACGAAAAGUCAGGGGACACAAAAACCGAUGGCAGAGAUCUCAACAUUUUGCUUACAGCAAGACCUAAACCCAGGGAGUUUCUCUUGUGGACCUUUUGCUUUCAUUCUUUCUGUCUUUGCCUUCCUCCGUCUUGGUCCCCGGUGUAUCACUUCGGCUUUUUCUCCCCCUCCCCCUCCUCCCUCCACUCCAGAAAUAAGAACUGCAUUUAACAUCACUAGGGGCUAGUCUGGGAACCUAAUAAUCAUUUAGAAUGUGAUUCUUAUGGGUACAAAUGCUCAUACUACUAAAAUAUAAUGAACAAAAGAAUGUUUAGUCCAUCUGGAUGUUUAAUUCUGGGA